AAGCGGGCUGGUCUAAGAAGGGGAGAUUUUGGGAGCCGUCCCGCCCCGCAGAUCGCCCUUUACUGCUCGUUUUGGGAGACGGAGGUGCCCAAUCCUACGAGGCAUAACCACUCCCGUCGCUGGCAGGGUCUAAGAGUCAGGGUACCAGGGUUCUAGCCCCUUCACUUGCAUGGACGUGGCGUGAUCCUAGCCCCCCCUUUUUUUAUCGAGCCUCAGUUUCCCCUUCCGUAAAACAGAGGAUUGGAUCUGACGAGCGCUAAUAUUCCAGACCGUAAUGGGGUGCGGAGGGGGAGAUGGGGGACCUACACGUGACCUCCCGCGUGGGGCCCCGCCUAUCCCUGGUCCAGGGGAUGAAAGCGCCCAGCGAGGACGGGAGGGGGUGGGCGGAUCCUAAGAAACCCUACCCGGCCGCCCUUGGCAGCAGCUAAGGCUGAGGGCGCGGCUCCGCGGCCGGCUAGCCCUGGCGACUGCACCGGAGGAGGAUGGCGACCGCAACCCGGGCUUCGCGGGUGGCUACCGUGGAGGCGAGGACUGCGCAGAGAUUCGGCGUGUGACUAGGAGCGCACCUGGGGAGGAUGGACGAGGGGACGGGAAACAGCUAACGGCUCUCUCUCCGCGCCGAGUCCGCGGAAGCGCACGUCGUGGAUCCUGAGCGGCUCUGUAGACAGCAGCGGCAGUGGCUAGCUCCUCUCAGGCCAUGAGGAGUGCUCGGGCCGCCUGGCCAGGGGACGCCGUCGGGGCUGGCUGUGUCCUGCUGCGCUGAGGGCGUGAGGCUGAGAGGGGCGCAGGCGGCCGGGCUGCGCCGGAGAGCAGCGCCAUGGCGAAGGAGGAGUGCAAGGCACUACUGGACGCGCUCAAUAAGGCGACUGCAUGCUACCACCACCUGGUACUGACCAUCGGCGGCUCCGCGGACUCGCAGAACCUGCGAGAGGAGCUGCAGAAGACGCGCCAGAAGGCGCAAGAGCUGGCGGUGGCCAUCCGCGGCCGACUGACACCUCCGCUGCGCGACCGGGGCCUGGGCGCUGAGGAACGUGCCGAGUUCGAGCGCCUCUGGGUGGCCUUCUCUGGCUGCCUGGACUUGCUGGAAGCGGACAUGCGGCGUGCGCUGACCUUGGGCACCGAGUUCCCGCUGAAUAAGCCGCUGCGGCCGCUCGUGCGUACCGGGGUGGAAGGCGGCGCAGCGAACGUAGCGGCGCGCGCCCUGAGCGCCCGCAGCCUGCGGCACGAGGCGGAGCGCGGCUUCGACGUGGAAGACCUUCACCAGCUGGAGCGGGAGAUCCUUCAGGUGGGCGAGAUGAUCCACGAUAUGGAGAUGAAGGUCAACGUGCCCCGCUGGACGGUGCAGGCCCGGCAGGCGGCAGGCGCCGAGCUCCUGGCCAGGCCCAGCGCCGGCGUCUCCUCGAUGCGCUGUGUGUCCGUAGAGCAGCGCGUGGGGCCCUGCGACCUGAGCAAGGCCCUGGCCGCCACCAUCUUCAGCGCCGUGCUGCUGGCGGCUGUGGCCUUGGCCGUGUGUGUGGCGAAGCUGAGUUGACCCAUACGCGAACGACCUCCUCGCUACCCGGAGACACCCCUCGGAGAACAUCUGCAACCGCCAGGACUAGGGAUGAGAGUGGGAUCUGGCAUGUUUAAGGGGAGCGGUUCUAAAACCCUGCGUGUGUACGUGUAUGUUUAUACGCGCGUUUCAAGCACACAUCUGCCUGGGCAGAACAUGGCUUCCUCUUGAUGGCCCCGGGAGGAGUUAAUUUUGCGCGGGCCACCGGGUCAUUACCGCUAAUGUAUGCAGGAGCUUUAUCCCCUAUUAAUAGUUCGUAGUGAGCGGAGAUUCCUCCGAGUUAAUACCGCCUGUGCUGCCGGGGCGUGUUUACACUGAGUCUGAGCUUGGUGUCCCCACCCCUGCCGGUGAUUCCCAUUCUCCGAGUGGGGCAGUUUGGAAAGAGGGUGAGGUGAAAUGAAGUGUGUUUUGGCCUGUGUGUGUGUGUUGGGUUUGUUUUCUAGACGAGAAAACAAACUGCAAUAAGAGGUAAGCAGUUUUUAUUACCUUAAUCCUUUGGGGCCUAAGCUUAGGAGAGUGUGCAAAUAGAAGUUCAUGCAACGUGCUUUCUUUUAGCACAUGAUUACACACUUCUGCACACCCUUGCCUAUUGAAAAGGGCUCUGCCCAGUCAGUCUGGAAGGGGUGCAAGCUUUGGGAAGGGCCACCGGCUAUCUAAACAGGCACCUUCUCCUUAGCUGGGGCUUAUUUUUGUUCCAGAACUAGACUAGAGUUUUUAUCCUCCUUUGGGGGAGGGCUGGGGAAUCCUCUUUGGAGCCCUUAAUCCUAUCUAUCCCUUGGAAUUUGCUUGCUGGCCAGUAGGAGAGCUGGCUUUGGAGGGAGCUGCACAGCUCCCUGACCUGGACACUGCCCCCUGAGAGGGUCAAGUGGGGCAUCACUGGGCACAGAGGUCUUGAGCCAAUUAGCCCUGAGACUGGGUUAGAACGUAACAGCUUUAACUUCAAAUUUAAGGAGAUUUAAAAAAAAAAUCAUUUGUUAGAAAAAUCCUGUAGCCACAUUGUGUACUGUCAAAGCUGUUUUUUUUUUAUAAAGGACAUUUGGCCACGAAUUCAUACGGGU